CAGUAUGGCCAUAAUUAUGGAGUUGGGGUGAUAGUGACUCCUCCACUGGACUCCAUGCAGCUUCAUCAGUGGAUGUAUCCCAGUGGAGGUGGGGAGGAAACGUGAGAGUGCUGCCUCGGAUAAUCAUACUGUGGACCACAUGGUUUGCUUUCAACUGUGGAUCGACUGAAACCAUCGCCGGGAAGACCAGCCAUGCGGCGGUGGGUCGGAUUGCCCUCACCAUGUGCCUGGCUGCAGCAAGUGUGUAUCACCAGUGCAUAGUGUCGGGACUGGUCAGAUCUACAACAGACACGAACACUUCAACACCAACGAGAUGGCCAACGCCGUCUCGGCCACACUGGUGGCUGUGACUGGCUGCUGCCCCUUUGUCGAUCCACCGUUUGCCAUCCUUAUUGGACCUCUAACUGUUCUGUUUUACCAUGGUGGGUGCUACAUUGAGUACUUGUUGAAACUUCAUGAUGGAGCGAGAGUCUUCCCUGUGCAUGCUGUCAGUGGUUUUUGGGGACUACUCUGUGUUGGUGAAUAUGGCGCACCUCUCUGAUCUUGGAGGUCUAUGAGAGCCUCUGCUACUGUGUCUCCAAUGAUCACUCACAACACGCAAUAUUGAGAGCCAUGGAGUAGGUUUGGAUUCCAGCUCCUGGGAGGAAUAUUCAUAGUCCUGUGGGCCUCUGUCAUGAUCUUCCUGGUCUUUGGCAUCCUCUGGUACAUCCCUGUCAAACUGGCCCUCGCCUGCCUCCCAUAUUUGUUUUGUGGAGGAGAUGAAACUCGUGGACGGCUGCGUUUUGAGGGGAACCUCCUCUUCACCCACUAUGGGGAGAUUGAUGCUCCUGAUCGCUACCCUGUUCAUGAGCCAAGACACACUGUCAACUCCUGAAGAACUCCACAGUCAAUGUUACAUACGUACAUACUUGUGCAAAGUUUUGACUCCAUAGCUCUAUUGCAAAAAUUAGUUGCCCCAUUAGCUUUUUUGUUGCCAUGGAUUUCUGAAUUUUUGUUUUUAUACACAAUGCCCCUAUUAUGAUACACCUAUUGGCUAACGAUCAACAGGCACGUCCAUUGUGUGUUUAUAUACAUUUUCAAAUUAUUGUAAUUAUACUCCGCAUACUGUUGUGCAUUAGCAGGCAAACUGCAUAUAUAUAUAUGCAGU